AUGCCUUCAGACGUCUUGCCAGCCGCCGUCGACGCCCAAUCUCCCCUCAGCGCCUCCGAACUGAACGUCCUCCGCCAGCAAUACCUCGACGAGCAAGCGAAAGGCUGGGUCUCGGUGCAGACCAAGUUCAACUACGCAUGGGGAAGCGUCAAGAGCGAUAACAGGGUCGAGAAGGGGGAGGGCGUGGCGUUGCUCAUGGACAUCUAUCGCACGGAGCCGUCUCGUCGGCGAGAGUGCCUCUACUUCCUCGCGGUCGGCCACUACAAGCUUGGCAACUACCCCGAAGCGAAGCGGUACAACAGCCUGCUGCUCGAGAAGGAGCCGAACAACAUCCAGGCGCAAAGUCUGCAGCAGCUUAUUGAGCAGGCGGUCGCGAAGGAGGGCUACGUCGGCAUGGCGAUUGCAGGUGGAGCAGCCGCGGCAGUCGGCAUUGUCUUCGCGGCUCUCAUGUCCCGCUCGAGGCGGUGA